AUGCGACCACUUCUGGGCGAAGAUGCCUUCGCCGAUAACGAUACCACUCCACUGGCUUCGCGCAGCCAGCCACCACAGAUGAGCUACUUUAUUGCAGAUGAGAAGACCGUAGAGUCCUCGAAUUCGCCUUCACCGCCACCGAUGAUAUCCAAGCAUCGAGAUGCGGCAAAGAACCACAGCAGCAACAGCACGUAUGGUGUAGAAAGUCUUGAAACAACGAUAAGCUCCCUCGCAUCAGCAUCAACAACCUCAUCCCACGAGAGCGACGACCAAGAAGACGAGAUCAGAUUCCGCCAGGCUCGCAAGAAAUGGAAGAAGAAUCUGCCAUCGCAUGUCUCCAAAAACUCCGAUGACGAUUUCCAUUUCUCGGAUUCCUUCAAAUCUUCCGCAGAGAUGAGUCGAAAUGUAUCUCCCUCCCAUGGACGCCGUCUUUCUCAAUCUACACUAUCCAGACCAUACACUCCUCUUUCCCUCGGGUCACCUGCUCCCCCUUCACUUCUCAGCUGCCCACAUUCACCCGGAAACUCGGAAGAUGGUUCAUACAUGGAUGAUUUGGCAAGUCAGGCAGUAGCUUCCAGUGGCGACGAGGUGGGAUCGGGAUUGAUGGAUAGUGGAAGUGCACCUCAAUUUGUGAUGCCGAGCAUCAAGAUGCCUAGCAGAAGACCAUUUACAGAAAAGGGAAAACUUAUGGGCAAAGUCAAGAUUCUGAUUGCUGGUGAUUCUGGUAUGUUUAUUCCUCUGCAAGUCGAGACAAGACCCAAUUAACAAAGUUUAGGAGUUGGAAAAACCUCCUUGAUCAAAGCCAUCGUUCAGACUUGCGAAGAUAUCGUUCAUGUUGAUCCCAUAUCCUCCACUCCUAUAUCCAUCCCCGAAUCAAAUCGAAAGGCUUCUAGAACCAAGUCCAAAAAUGGAGCUACCGAUUUACAAACAACUUCACAGAUCACGGAAGUUUAUGCAAGCACAAGACCUUAUCCGUCAUGGUGGUCUGAUUUGGAGGAUAGCAAAGUUUUGAAGAGAAGAAAGAGUUUAGGGGAUUCGAUAUUGGAGAGAAAUUUGUGUUUUGUUGAUACUCCUGGCUACAGCAACAAGACCUCGGCAAGUGUUGAUAACGUCCAGAAGCUGCCUAGGCAUCUCCCGCUAACGAUAUUUAGGCUAUGGAAUGUAUAGACCCAGUCAUCGAAUAUAUCGAAUCACAUUUACGAAAAGCCACAUCCCUCGACCAUAUGAGUGAUAACGACAUGAUUAGCAUGCUAGGUGGAAAUGGAGGUUCACAAGUAGAUUUGGUUUUAUAUGUCAUCAAGAAUAGUACGUUUUGGGAGAUUAUGAGAUACGCCCCAUUCUAAUUCAUCUUUAGAAGUCAAACCUGUCGACCUCGAAUAUUUACGCCGUCUUUCACAACUUACAAAUGUCGCCCCACUCAUUGCCCAUGCAGAUAAUUCAGGCUCGGCGGGUAUAUCAUCUUUGAAAAGUCAGAUCAAUUCUUCCUUGGACGAAGCAAAUAUUCGCUCAUUUCAAUUUGCUACGUCCCCGGAGGAGCUUUCUUCUCGAGCUAAAGCUCCUUGGGCUAUCUCUACAACUCCCUCUGAAGAUCACGAAAACAUGGACGCAAGUCUUCUCAUGUCCCCCGACUACAUUUCUCCAUUGGUAGAGUCAGAAUUACCAGACUUGGUUUCUCAGCUUUUCGACCCAUCAAGUAUUUCAUGGCUUCGUCAUUCCGCUGCCAAGAAGUUUGUGGAAUGGCGUGAGUCUACUGCACCACGCACAAGACCUCAAUUACUUUACCAACCACUUCGACUACCUUCUACAUCUUCUUCUCAGAUUCUUACUUCACCAGUUGGAGCAACGACUUCUUAUGCAUUGGCGAGAAUAACUGAUCACACACAGAGAGAGGAAAAGAUUGCCCAAGUACGACUUGCAAAUUGGGCCGCAGAUUUGCAGAGAAGUAUUAGGAACGAACGAGCACGUUACGACCAACUUGCCCGUAGUGAAAGAGCCAUCUGGCUUACCGAAAGACUUGGGGAAUGUGUUCAGGAUGGUACUAUUAUUCCUCUUUCUGAAGCACGCAAGAAUAAUGAUAAUUUUUCAUCUGUCCUUGUCAGGUCGGAUUAUUCCAGAAAGGAACGCGAGAUGGGUGGGAUUGACAGACAUGACCCACUUGGAAUUCUACAGCUAAACGCUGAUGUAAAAAGAAAGGCUUCAGCGGCAGUCAAACUUCUUAGUGGUGUGGGUGUGUUGGGUGGUCUUGCAUUUUGGGUUGUUCGUACAUUCCAAGGUACAGAAAGCCAUGCUAUUAUUCAGGGUCUGGGUGUGAGGGAGUGGGCCGAAUUGAGUCUGGCGCAUCGCUGAAUGAAUGACUGGAUAAGUAUAUCAUGAGAAGGCGAUUUGAUGUUUUGUUUCGAUAUGAUAUUACGCACGUAGAUGGGUUUGGCAGCAAGGAAUUUUGGGGAUUUGGUGUUUGGCGAUACUUUUUUCUUCUUAUUCUCUCCUUUCCCUCCUUUCUUUUCUUUUCUUUUCUUUUUUGUGCGUUGCAUUUGAGUGCAGUUGGUCAUUUACGGACUUAUCACGGGUGGGUGGUGGUUGCAUGUGUAGGAUAUGAGGAAGUGGUUAGCACAGAGGGGAUGAAUGGACAAAUGGACGAUUCGAUUCAUGGCAUGUUACGUGGUUGGGUAUUGCUUUCCUUUUUUUUUGCUUGGUUGGUCGGUGGAUAGUUAGCUCUUCUUCUUCGUCUUGGGGACUCGACCCCCGAUUUCUACAUAGUCUGAUGGGAGUGAGGGGUUGGGGUUGGGGCUGGGGAGGCAGAUGUGUAAUGUGCGAGAUGGGGGUUAGAAGGGGAGGGAUUAAUGAUAUAGGAGAAGAAUAAGAGAAGUUAGGAUCAGAGAAAUGACACUCGUUUACUUGUAUCUUGUGCACAGGAUUGAUGUUUGGGUUGUGUUUGGGAUGCUGUGAGGGUUGUGGUGAGGAUGUGAUGAGUGUGUUGAGGGUUUACCCCGAUUGUAUGUGCUGUAUGAGCACAUGAAUUCUCCUAGGUAGCAGACGACAUGACUAUUACGUACGGGAAUUAGGCAGUUAACAGGAAGGUUUCUCCUCUUCUUCUCUUUUAGAGGGGUAUUGCGAAAAGUCCCUAAGGAAAUUCAACAGGUUCCCAGGGAAAGGCAGGGGCUUAUAAUAUACUUAAGAGUUUUAGUACAGUAGCUUGAAAGACACAGCUAGUUUCAAAACUCCUCCCUUCCUUUUUGAAGUUCAUACGGAGGAAAGAUGUUUUUUGAGAUGGUGACUGAGGGAUUCUAUGUACAGUAGCUCGUACGAGUAGGAAAUGAUGAAUGGAAAGAGAUGGUGGUAAGAAUCUUCCUAGGUAGGUACUUAUACUUGAAGGGUUGUUUAUCUUUAGACUCUUACUUGAAAGUAUGACGAAUAUGUAUUAGAGUACUAUUUAUAACCUAGUCGAUAGACUCUGUUAUAACUAAACUAAACUAAGCUUACCGCUCUCUACGCUACUCUUAAUAUUCGAUAUUUACUUUCUUUUAAUUUUUAUAAUAUACCUUUUUAUACUAAUAACUUAAGAGCUCUACGGCCCUAGGAAAUAAAGGUAUAAUA